CACACUACUCUGUUACAGCACUCGCUCCACACCGCCGGCGGCCGGGAGCCAUGGCCAUGGCUAAGGCGCACCUCUUAGCCUGCCUAGCGGCUCUUUCGCUGAUCGCCGCCGCCUCUCGGGUGAUGGCCGGUGGUCGCAUGACGGACAAUCUCGAAAUACUGUGGGGCCAGACGCAGCUGAUCAACGGCAGCAACGGUGACCAGACCAUCGCGCUGUCGCUGGACCGCGUGAUGGGGUCGGGGUUCCGGUCCAAGACCACGUACCUCUUUGCCAGGAUCGACAUCGACAUCAGGCUCGUCCCCAAGAGCUCCGCCGGCACCGUCACGACGGUUUACAUGAUCUCCCAGAAGCAGUGGAAGACCCACGACGAGAUCGACCUCGAGUUCCUCGGCAACGUCAGCGGUCAGCCGUACACCCUGCACACCAACAUCUUCGCCAAUGGCUCCGGCGGCAGGGAGGUGCAGUACCGGCUUUGGUUCGAUCCUACCGAAGAUUUCCACACCUACUCCAUCAUCUGGAAUUCAGAACAGAUUUUGAUCCUGGUCGACAACAUGGCGAUCCGGCAGUUCAAGAACCACUGGGACGCCGGCGUCCCGUUCCCGGUGUACGAGCCGAUGAGGUUGUUCGGCGUCCUCUGGGACGCCGACGACUGGGCGACGCAAGGCGGGCGCGUCAAGACUGACUGGUCGCAGGCCCCAUUCAUCGCCUACUUCCGGAACUACCGCGCCCAGGGCUGCGAGCCGAGCGGGUACUCGUGGGUGUGCGGCCAGGACCCGUUCGGCGGCGACUGGUUCGACGGCGGAGCGGGAGUCGACGACAUGAAGCAGCGGCAGCAGCUGAGGGAGGCGCAGGAAAAGUACAUGAUUUACAACUACUGCACCGACUCGAAAAGGUUCCCCAAUGGCUACCCGGAGGAGUGUGGGUUGCCGUAG